ACAUAUAUGAUACCCAACAUAAUAACCGGAGCAUCACAAAUUGAUGUCUAGUUGCCUAAUCAAGACGACCAUACUGUUGACGUCAGGGUACGGUUGAUCACAGCGAUUACGUCUGGACAAGAAUGAAGAAAAUAAUCUAGAUCAAAUGCUUUCUCUCGUAAAUGUUCCAUCAUUAAAUAUUACUUAGACCUCACAGAAGGUAACUUCAAGAAGUGGAUUUGGCAUGUCUGUAAAUUUCUGGAUGUAAAAAUGUAAACGUCUGAUGUGUAGUCCCGUGGAAUAACUGAAUCCGUGCAAUUAUUUAAACAUUUAAAAGAAAUAAUGGUUUCUUUAGUGAACUCAUGGCGCAAUCGUCACUUUCCAACAUAGGCCUAACCCUAAAAAGGACCAAUCAAAAUCACGAUUUUCAACAGGACUACACUCACUAAUAUGGAAGUUAAUUAACAACACAUACGUAAUAACAUAGAAUGCAUUAUUGUAUGCAUAUAAAUUAUUUCCUGCUGCCUGAUAUUAAGCUUAAAAUAACAGCGUGCGGCUUCACACGCCUUUAAACUGAAGUCGUGGUUUAUUAUAUGCGGAUGGGGUCACGGCACUGACCCUUGGACACUAUUUGAGAACAAAAAGGCACAGGAAAAUGAGCCAAGGUUAAACGGUGAAUCGAGGAAACGGCGGCCAUUGUGGCUCAAACCGCGUAGACAGUCUCGUGUGUACUUGAGUCGAAAUGGCGUAAAGGAAGCUUUCGAUACUUCCGUAGCAAGUCUAACGUUGGAUUUGUUUUCUCCUUGAGAUGCAAUUUAAUGGAUACAAAAAUGUAUCCUAUGUUUCAAUGUAGGUGAAAUCCAUUGGGGAAAUUAGAAAAUACGUCGUAAUUGAUUAUUAUAUUUUUACCCCCAUGAUUCCGGGCUGAAUUCCUGGUUACGGUAGCUAGCUGUAUGUUACUAGGGAUGAUGGACGUGCUGGUGUGCGUCUGUGUUUUGUGGAGUUUGGGGGAUGCGAUUUUAAGCGCUAAUGCACAGACCGACUAUUUUAACUUAACCACAAGCAACAAUGAAUCAGCCACUGUCAUACCUACGCUUUUUGACAGCACAACGCCCAGUGGUACCUCAGGCACUUUGUCCGUCUCACCUGGAACUUCGUUCACCGCGUCAACCACAGACAACCCGCGAAGUACUGAACCGACGGAGACAGUCACUGAAAUUUUUACGAGCACAGAAGUAAAUGUAUCACUUGAGACAACCAAAACAGCAACGCAGCCCACUCCUACAAUUUCGGGGUCACAGCCUUUGCCGGUCUCUGGUUCCCUUCCUCCUCCUGUUACGGACGUUUCCAGUCUCUGCCCGUGCAAUCUGCACGAGGGUCGGUGUGACGUCAACUGCUGCUGUGACCAGGACUGCGUCGGGGACUUCAAACUCUUCACCGAGUGCUCAGUGGAAAAGCUCGUUGCGAAUACACAGAUGUGCGUCCAGGACACCGCGCGCUAUUCGCUCAGCACCGCAGCAGAUGGCUCCGCGCGCGUGCAGUCCUCGGUCACACAGGAAGUCAACUCCGAUGUCUUCUGCAUCCAGACAGCCAACUAUGGGGCAGGGCUUUCCUUCGUCCCACCCGAGGUGCCCACAGAUGGGAACUUUGAUGCCCUCUUCAGGCGCUUUGCAGGUUUCUUCUUUGACUCCAUGGGUGCCAGUGAUGUAACGAGCAAGCAGGACCUCCAAAUUGUGCCUGGGUACAAGUAUGGUGAUAUCAUCCAGACCCAGGAGGAUACGGGGGAGAGCGGGUUCCUACGGCUGCCGACUCCCGCUGGCUCCGCCCACUGCACGGAUGCGAACCCAGCUGCAUUCCUUCAGGACCAAACAUCCCAGUGUGUGCGGUCCUUCCGCUUGGAGCAGGACUGUGAAACGCUGCCAUCCUUGAACCUGCAGACUUACACCAGUUUCCGCAUCCUGUCUGCAAAAACAGGGAACAUAACUCGGGUGGGCGUGGCCCUGACCUCCGUGGCGCUGCAGUCGCUGGACGGGACGCGUGUGCUCGCGGACCCUGCCGACGGCUUGUAUUUUGGGCCGGCACUGCUGGGGGCCGGGGAAGGACCGGUGUGUAACAAUGUGGUGCUCCAGGUGGGUUACCGCGUGACCUACGGCGGGGCGGGGGAGAUCGUGGGCGCGGCCGCCUCUGUGGUGCUGGGGGCCGUGGACCAGAGCACCCUGCCGAUACUUCAGGAGUUCACUGUCACCUUUGUGCAGGACACGGAGCCCAGGGAACUCCCGUCCAGUGGAAACCCAGGCUAUGUGGUUGGGCUCCCUCUGGUGGCCGGAACAAGAACAGCAGAGGGCGUGGUUCAGAGCGCAGACAGGAACGGGGGCCUCACCCUCUUGCGGAGCCCCAGGGCAGAGCAGGACUGCCUGGGGGCCACAGGGCUGCGCACCCCUGUCCGAUUUGGGGUCAAUGCAGCAUCUGGAUGCACCCUGAGAUUACCGGAGGCUGCUAACUGCUCGCUGGUGUCUGAGCUGAUCUUUGGGGUGCUCAGGGGACCAGACUUCCCAAAGUUUGUGGCCUCUUUUGGGAACUCUCCUCCUAACGUGGUCUUGGACUGGGUGCCCAUAAAGAACCGAACCGCGUCCGCCACAUCGGAUGCCGUGAGCUGCAGUAUUCCUCUGUCUCUGGACCUGGAGGUGAAAUGGACUAAAUAUGGGUCCCUGGUGAACCCCCAGGCACAGAUAGUGAGCGUGACGGAGGUGAUCCAAACCAACACAAGCAGUCUGUCCUCCCUCUUAGGUGGCAGCGACUUGCUGCUCAUCUCCACCUCCGUCACCUUCAUCGACGUGUCAGCUGCCGCACAGCCAGGCUACAGAGCCCCGCCCACCAUCGACGCCAAGCUGCCGUACGACUUCUUCUUCCCCUUCGUCUAAGGCUUGGAGGGGGGGGGGAGGAGGAAGUGGGGGAGGGGGCAGCCCUGUGGACUCGCUCACAUUGUUAGCUGGGAAGGGGGAUUGAGAAGAGACAGCUGCCCUGAUUUCAACCAACGAGGACGCUUUCUCUCUCCAGCACAGCAGAAAACUCUAACUGGGGUGGCUCCCCCCUCUUUGGUGGUUGGUGAAGCCUGACUUUCAACCUCCACUUAGGUGAAGGGGUCACCUGCCAGUCAUGCCCUUCCAGGCCUAGUCAUACUUUUCAAUCGAGUUUGGACUUUGUCAUGUGCACUACUUCCUCAGGUUCUCUUUUUAUGCAAAGUCAUAUCAACUUUUUACUUUCAGCUGUUAAUUUAUUCACAGUUCAAUGUGUGUGUUUGUGUUUGUUUGUGUGUGUGUGUGUAUGUGUGUGUGUGUGCGUGUGCGUAUGGUGUAUAGCAAUUAUUUUGGUAAAGAUAGUUUUGAUACCACUUUAAUAAAAGUUUUAGUUUUAUAAAUUA